AUGCUCGCCGAGUCCAACGACAGUCCGUAUGCCGGGGGUGACGCGCCAAAACUCCGAACCGCAUGCGAAAAUUGCAGGCAGUCAAAAGUAAAAUGUAACUUGUCCGGCAAAAACGUCUGCACUCGGUGCUUGCGCCAUGGCCUGCAAUGCCAGUAUGGCUUCGCUAACCGAUCUGGGAAGCCGAAGGGAAGUAAGAACCGCGCCACGCUCCGGAAGCUAGGCCAGCUUCAAGAAGACAAACCACCGAUACGUGGAUUCCGUGGAAGUCGACUUGUGCCUCCCAUGUCUGAUCGGGAGCCUUUACCAAGUGUGGGCUAUCAAACCCAUAUCACUGACCCAAUGUUAGAUGACGAGGUCUGCCUGGUUUCAGCUCCUCCAGGAAUAUGGGAAAGCCCUCGGAGUUUCGGCAGUGGUGUACCGCUAGAAACUCCGAUCUGUCCGUCGCAGUUGACGACGGUGGAUAGCACGCCGUUCACCGAUCUCGUUGAUCCCUGUCCCCCUCUCCCUAUUAGGCUGGGCUACCCCCAUACGCCAGUGACGCCGACAUUUCUUUCGCCAGACCCAUUGACCGACGGCAUGGCAAGUCCACCAUUUGGUGGAUCGGUCUCAUCCCCUUUUCCUAGCGCGCCUUGUGAUUGCAUUGACAUGCAACUGUUCCAUAUGAACCGACUGAACCACCUGCUUGCCGAAUCACUGCCACUACGUCUCGACCACAGCCUGCAGGCUAUCAAGGCUACGUUCUGCGCAUGUCAGAUGUUUUUACAAUGCGGGAAAUGCGUCAAAGAUAGUGCGAAUCUGCUCCUUGUCAUUUCCGUGGUCAAUCUCACUCUGCAACUAUUCGAGUACUGGAUCUCACGCGAAAAUCCCCGAGUUCCGCGGGCGGAAUUCGGUGUCGAUAUUCGUUACGGAUACUACGAGUUAUGCCAGGAGGAAAACCGACAGAUUCGCACAUUUCUACUUAGGGGACUACUGCUACAUUGUCGAGAGACAUUGUCAAUGUUGACAGCGACAAUCGACACCGCUGGCCUCGAUACCCCGAAGCUCGUUGAGACAGACAUUUCGAGUGAUACGAAACUGGCGAUAGGAAAUUCACCAAGUCAGCCGUGGGUAUCCGCAACCUCCUACAUGCCUGGUAUAGACUGGGAUCUUUUAAAUGGCAAUGGGAACAAUUGUUUGCUUCCCAUCAUCACCGGGUAUGAAUCUACGGUGGAAUCGUUCUUGCAAUCCGUCACAUUUAACGAAUGCAUCUGUGGAUCGAAGCGCGCGACACGAGACGAGUCUCUCUAG